AUGUCGGAGAACAAUGACUUGACAGGCAAAGUCAUUGUAAUAAUGGGCGUAAGCGGAGCAGGAAAAUCCACCAUAGGUAAGAUGUUGGGGAAUGCUCUAUCUUGUGAUUUUCUUGAUGCUGAUGAUUUUCACUCUCUAUCAAACAGAGAUAAAAUGCGCCAAGGCAUUGCUCUUUCAGAUGAAGACCGUAUGCCAUGGCUCGAGAAAAUACAGGAGAGUUUACGAAAACGUUUGCUCAAUGGAGAAACAGUUGUUCUCGCGUGUUCUUCAUUGAGAAAACAGUACAGAGAGAUCUUGAGAGGCGCUGAUCCUGGUUACAAACGGGGAAGCUGUUCGAGUUGCAAGGUGAAGUUUGUGUUGUUGGAAGGUAACGCAGAAGUGAUCACUGCUCGGUUAAAGAAGAGAGCUUCUGAGGGAGAACAUUUCAUGCCUCUCACUCUUCUCCAGUCUCAGUUUGAUCUGCUUCAAGCCGAUGAUGCCUGUGAAAAGAUUUUCAAGAUCAGUGUGGUUUUAAGCCCUGAAGUUAUAGUUAACUCAAUUCUUGAAUUGGUUACAGAUUCUUUGAGCCCUUGA